AUGUUACCAACCAAUACAUCCAUCUCCAUCUUCAUCCCCAUCACCAUCUUGUAUCUUUGACAUCAAAUGAUUGGCAGUGAGAUCCAUCACAAGCGACAUUGCUCACCCGCAUAAAAUCCCAAUUUCCCAUUUCUCAGAAAAAGAAAAGAAAAAGACCAAUUCCAAAAAGUUCUCCAAAGUUCAAUCACUUUCCAGAAUCUAGAGAGAGAGGUUUGGGGUUUGGCAGUAGACAAUUGGGCAGUGGCAGCGAAUGGAGUCGGCAAAGAUAUCAGAGCUAAAGCAAUUCGUAAGCGAAUGCAAGUCUAACCCCUCACUUAUCCACAACCCCUCUCUUGCUUUCUUCAAGUCCUAUCUCCAAAGCUUGGGAGCUCGAAUUCCACCAGAACCAAAAACGGAAAAAGGUGGUGACAAAAUGUCAGGCACUGGGGAACAUUUUGAUGCCAAAAAUCCUCAUACAGCUACUGAAGAUGAUGAUGAUGAUGAAAUUGUUGAGUCUGAUAUUGAGUUGGAUGUUACUGAUGUUGUGGAGCCUGAUAAUGAUCCUCCACAAAAGAUGGGAAACCCUUCCAUUGAAGUUACAGAAGAGAAUCGGGAAGCUGCGCAACUUGAAAAAUCAAAAGCUAUGGUUGCUAUCUCUGAAGGUAAAAUGGAUGAAGCCAUAGAUCAUCUAACUGAAGCCAUCAUGCUGAACCCAACUUCAGCAAUAUUAUAUGCAAGUCGAGCAAGUGUCUUUGUCAAAUUGAAAAAACCAAAUGCUGCAAUCUGUGAUGCUGAUGCAGCUUUACAGAUCAACCCUGACUCAGCAAAAGGAUAUAAAAUACGAGGAAUGGCAAGGGCCAUUUUGGGCCGGUGGGAAGAAUCAGCAAGUGAUCUGCAUGUAGCAUCAACAUUGGACUAUGAUGAGGAGAUUGGUUUGGUGCUUAAAAAGGUUGAACCCAAUGCCCGCAAAAUUGAAGAGCAUCACAGGAAAUACGAACGCUUGCGGAAAGAAAGGGAGCUUAAAAAAGCUGAACGUGAAAGGAAAAGGCCUCAAGCUGAAGCAGAUCGAGAUGCAUUGUCUGCUUUAAAGGACGGGGAGGUUAUCAGUAUUCACUCUGUUAGUGAACUGGAACCAAAGUUGAAUGCUGCUUCAAAAACAGCUCGCCUGGCAAUCCUAUACUUCACUGCAACAUGGUGUGGUCCUUGCCGUAUGAUUUCUCCUCUUUACACAAGCUUAGCUGGCAAGUACCCAAAAGUUGUUUUCCUGAAAGUUGACAUAGAUGAGGCGAAGGACGUAGCCGCACGCUGGAAUAUUAGUAGCGUUCCAACCUUUUUCUUUCUUAAAAAUGGUAAGGAGGUUGACAAGGUUGUUGGGGCAGACAAAAGUGCUCUUGAAAGGAAGAUCGCACAGCAUGCAGGAUAGAUGUGAACUAAUUUUAGAUCAGAACAUGGAUUCCAGUUAUUUCUUGUUGCACUUGCCUUAUGUUGUUUGAUUUUGUCUAUUAUGUUGUACAUGGAACAUAUGCCUGUGAAGAUAGUGCCGGUUCUUGUAUCUGAUAUGCUGAGUUGUGUUCACUGCGAUUAUAAUAAAAAUAAAUUUGCUUCUAA